AUGCGAAAGAAUCUCAACUUUUUUCGCGUGCACCUGCUCUUCUUCACUUUCAUACCGCUGCUUGCAUCCGCCGUGCUGUAUGCCUCCAACGGCAAAUAUCCGAUCAGUUAUGUCGAUGCCCUCUUCAACUCCGUCAGUGCCAUGACUGUAUGCGGCCUUUCGACGGUGAACUUGAGCUCUUUGACACCGUGGCAGCAAGUCAUAUUGUUCCUACAGAUGUGUGUUGGCAGUCCUGUGGGUAUCCGCACUCCGUACUUCUUUGCGAAGAAAUUCGAUCAUAUCAUCGCAGCCGAGGCUGCCCGUCGAUUGGAGGCUCAGUUGACCAGAGACACCUCCGCAUCGAGAGGAAGGGAUUUUGGUUGGCCACGCCGUGUUUCAACGUUGUUCCAGCGGCGACCCGGUCUAAGCCCACUUCCGGAAAACGGAUUGAGUGCGGCCGAAGAUGUUUCCGUAUCAGAGGAGAAGGAGGGCGACAAGAAGUUCGGGGUGCGUAUGAUCCGUAGGAUGGAUGCUCCACCCAGACUUGUCAACCCGAGUGGACGAAUUACCGAGGCGGGAGAUACCCCUGAUAGGGCGCUUUUGGCAUGCCCAAAUGGGGGGAAUCACAUGUCUUCGCCGCCGCCGAGUCACCCCUUCCUCAAGUCCAACACCUUUCAUGAGGGUCCAGAAGCAAAUGAACGAGCGCGCAGGAUGUCUAAGGCAGCUAAUGUGGAGUUCUCGCCGACGGUCGGCCGCCAGGAUACGGCUUAUUCCACUGGGCCGGACACCACGUGGGGUGAUGGUACUCGUCAACGCCGUCCAACUGUAGUUUCGAUUGGCGAUCAUGUUCCGCUGGGUCGAAAUCCCACAAUACACACACAUCGCACGGUGCAUACGGUGCCUCGCUCCGAUGGGUAUCCAGAAUUGCAGCACCCUCAAUCCGUAUACACGGAUUUCGGUGGCUUCCCCAUGCCUCACAAGCUUCUGGGCAAGCUCCUGGGACGGCUAUUUCCGAAGGCUCAGGUUCGCCUCCACAGAACGAUGACGAUACCCGCUACGACCUCCUUCACGGGCGGCUCGAUACUCUCUCAUGGCAGAAGAGGGUCGCUUGCUGCACCCGAUGGUGCCAUCAACACUGCGGACGGGACGAAACCAGCUACAUACAUUUCGUUUCACGCAACCGUGGGGCGCAAUUCUGCUUUCCGUUCACUCACCAAUGGACAGUUGGAAGAGCUGGGUGGAGUUGAGUACCGUGCAUUAAAUGCACUGUUAUGGCUCGUUGCCUCGUAUCACUUCGGUAUUCAGAUCAUCUCUUACGUUGUAAUUGCCCCGUAUAUGUCAAUGUCAAAAUGGUCCAGCGACUUCACACCCCCUGCCCUCCAGCGGCCCGUAGCUCCUGCGUGGUUCUCCUUGUUUCAGGUUGUAUCCGCCUAUACCAACACUGGAAUGUCUCUUGUGGAUCAGUCGAUGGUUCCUUUUCAAACGGCGUACCCGAUGAUAUUCUUCAUGAUAAUCUGUAUACUUGCCGGAAACACAGCUUUCGUAAGUUCUUGGGUCGUCACCAAGAUCAUACCAAGAGACUCGCGUCUAAACGAAACAUUACAUUUUCUGCUCGACCAUCCUCGCCGGUGUUUCAUCUAUCUGUUCCCAUCCCAUCAGACAUGGUUUCUCCUCACAAUGUUAUUCGUACUCAACAUCACAGAUUGGUUAAGUUUUCUUAUCUUCGACAUCGGGAAUUCAGCCAUCAGUUCAAUCCCUGUCGGAACAAGAAUUGUAGCAGGUUUCUAUCAGGCCAUCGCCGUCCGGAACGCCGGCUUCGGCAUCGUUCCACUCGCUCUUCUUGCCCCUGCCACCAAGGUCAUGUAUGUUAUCAUGAUGUACAUCAGCGUAUGUGAUGUUCGUUCCACCAACGUGUACGAAGAACGGUCUCUGGGUAUCUUUCCUCCCGACGAGGAGGAUGUUGGGACUUUCCGGCCUACUGGCUCGCGCGUGGCAAUUUGGGGUCAUUAUUUGGGGAUGCACGCUCGUCGCCAACUGUCCUUUGACAUGUGGUGGUUGUCGCUGGCAUUAUUUGUAGUGUGCAUUAUAGAGAGAGAUAAUCUCAACAACCCUAAUAUUCAAGGCUGGUUCAACAUUUUCACGAUAAUUUUUGAACUCGUGUCAGCCUAUGGCUCAGUUGGCCUUAGUUUGGGAGUGCCUGACCAAAACUACUCGUUCUCCGGGGCACUACGGCCACUCUCGAAGCUAGUGGUUACCCUUGUCAUGCUUCGCGGUCGACAUCGUGGGCUUCCGGUGGCCAUCGAUCGCGCAGUCAUGCUUCCAUCCGAAUUCCGCAAGCCCGAAGAGGACCCCGAUCUCCAACAUACCACAGAUGAAAGGACUCGGGCUUCUAGAUUAUAUUCCCGGAAAUUGGGAGGGGGUGGGAUCCGAGAACGACGAACUGAGGCCACGAGCUGA